AUGUGCCGACGUGAAUUGAAAGAAGGGGAUAUGCCUACAGUCACUGGUGAAAUAGCGGUGAUGCUGGACGUGCUGGGGUACCGCCAGGGGGACAGCCGAAUCCUUGAAGCCAUUGUCCUAGUAGGCCCUGUGAUGGAAGUCGAGGAGUUUGACUUUGACGAUGGCUCGAAGUCGACGCACUUCAGCUUCAAGCCAACGGGCACGGAACUGGUCUUUGAGGAUGAUAUCCUAAAAAUGAUAAUGGUACGGACCCAACCGGGCAGCCAGGAUGAAACCUACGGGCUGUAUCCUCGACCAGCGGCGCUGGUAGAUGGACUGUCCACUACUGCUAGCCGCGCCGAAGUCUCAGCGUUCCUAGGCGAUCCGGAACAUGUUGGGCUGGAUUUCGACCGGUACAUGGUCAACAGUCGCUAUCUGCAUUUCGAGUUUGAUAUGAACGGUCGAGUCACCAGAAUCUCUGCCCUACUUGAGCCCGUCGGAAUGGAACCGUAG